UAAAUGCAGUUCUUAGAGGAAGCAGUAGACUAGAAGGACCUGGCAGAGACAGAGAGACAAGAAGCUUUCACAGGUUUUGACACACAUCUCAAGAUAGCACUGAAACACUGACCUGAAAGGUAAAAUGACUUAUUUGUUUUGGAAAACUUCUAUGAAAAACAUUAUUAACUACAUUAUUUCAAGUUUUACCAUUUAAAGUGAAACGGAAUGAGAGUGAAAUUGACUGAAAUUUAAGGUCUUAAGUGUUGAUGCCUCACUUUUGCAGAAUGUUCUUAAUCCUGGUUGUCACAAUGUUCUUGGCUGGCUGCUUGGCUUUGCCCAUCAAAGACCCGUACUCGUAUUCCUCUGCGGUGGGUCAGGGAGGUGGCACCCCAUUUGCUUCCUACGGUGAGGGACGCAUCACAGGAGUCAGAGUGUGGGAGACCAACAACAACUACUACUACUACUACUACUACUACAACUACAACAGCAACAACUACAUCAGUGGGUUCCAGCUGAGAUACGGCAACACCUGGUCUCCUGUGUUCGGUCGCGAAGGGAGUGUAAAGCAGGUGAUGGAGCUGUUUAAUGAUGAGGCCAUCGUUGAGGUGUCUGGGAAGUACAACCCAGCAGACUACAUCUGCUACCUGGUGUUAACCACCAACAUGGGGCGCACUCUGUCAACCGGCCUGCCCAACCAAAUCUCCUUCAACUUCUACCCAACCAACAUGGGCAAUGAGCUGAGGAUCCUCAGCGGUCGCUUCAACGGUGCCGGAAUCACCUCCAUCGGAGCCCACUGGGGAUUGGUGGACAUGGAAGGGGCUGGAAACAGUACUCUGCAAACAGCACUGGAAACAGUAACUCCUAUUUUUUAGGGGGAAAAAAGCAUGUCUUGCUCUUUGGGAUGGUAUUCCGGAUACAGAUUAAGCCUAAUCCUGGACUAGUUACUUUCAAUGGAGAUUCUCCAUUCAACAUGCUUUUAG